AUGGGAUCAGUAGUCCUUCCUCACCUCAACUCAGGAUGGCACGUGGACCAAGCCAUCCUGUCAGAAGAGGACCGUCUCGUCGUUAUUCGAUUUGGACGUGACCACGACCGGGACUGUAUGCUCCAGGAUGAGGUCCUCUACAAGAUCGCCGACCAGGUCAAGAACUUUGCUGUCGUGUACCUCUGCGAUAUCGAUCAGGUCCCCGACUUCAACGCCAUGUACGAGCUGUACGACCCUUGUUCCAUUCUCUUCUUCUUCCGCAACAAGCACAUGAUGUGCGAUUUCGGCACCGGUAACAACAACAAGUUGAACUGGGUGCUGGAAGACAAGCAGGAGCUCAUCGACAUCAUUGAGACGAUUUACCGGGGAGCCAAGAAGGGCAGAGGUCUGGUGGUGAGCCCCAAAGAUUACAGCACGAGGCACCGAUAUUGA